GUCGGAAAAGGGGGCGGGGUUUUUGAAUCCGAACGCGGUUGUGCGGAAGAGGAAUAAGAAGAAAAAAGAAGAAAAAACAUGACGGCGUCCAGGAAGUGGUUACCUGGUUAGAAGGAGGAAGUUAAUAAACAGCUAGUUAUAGUUAAGUAGCUACACAAAUCUACUCGUUUAAAGCAGGUCGGUUAGGUUUUAAGCGGAUUAACGAUGUUGUUCCACCGAGUCGUUUACGCGCUACUUCCGGUCUUGGUGUGUGUGAUUGAGGCCAGGAUCCACCGCCUCACUCUGAAGAAUGAGACGCGUUCUCUCGUCCACCUCAACACCUUCGGAUUCUUCCCCAACGCCACUCUGGAACUCAGCAUGCUCUCUCUACAGUUCCCUAAAACGAUGGACAAGUCGUCUCCUCCUCUGGUGGGCUUCAGUCUGGCCAGGUCCCGGGUAAACGGCGUAGUUUUCUACACAACGGAGGAGACGGAUCAGUGCAUCCUGUCCAAAACCAAGAGUCAGGACAAUCUGAUUCUGUUCCUUAUCCACACGGGCAAUCUGAGUGUCAGUGUGAAGUCAUUCGGUCAGAUGGACAGUGUCUUAAAGGGUCAGCUGAAAAGUGCAGAAAAAGUCUCUCAGAAAAAGAGAAGUUCCAGCUCCAAGUUCCAAAGAUCUAAAGCCUGAGGAGAGAAAGGCAGGAGCAGGGAAUGAUGUAGACAAAGAGCCAAAGUCUAAAGAUAAAAGCCCAGCAGACGCUGGAU